UUAAAAGAAACAUGGCGACAGGUGUCCCGUCUCACGCGCUCUCUGCUUAUCACGAUCAAUAAGAAAGUAAAACAAGCUCGUUCGGGGAAUUAAAGACGAGCAAAGUCGACGUCGGUAUCCGCCGCUAGUGUACUUUUGCGUGGCAUCAACAGGUGUCGGGUCUAGCCAGCCCGGUUGAUGGUGGCUCACUUCCUGUUGGACGACUCAACGGCUGGCCACUGCGCAUGCGCCAAUUAACUCGAAGCUUACACGCCUGCCUCGGGCAACCUCCCCCCUUCACACACACGUUAGCUUCGGUGUGUUUUUUUAACAGGAAGUAUAAUAACUCACCUGACAGCAUGUGACUUUUAAAAGUAUUUCACACGAAGUCACCAUGAUGAGAGAAGUUGCUGAGUCACCUUCGGCUCAAUUCGAGAGUCCCUGCCACUCACGAGGUCUCAGACAUUCACGGAUUUGUGGCAAAACGACGGUGGCUUUGAAGGUUUGGCCUUUUUUUUUUAUUUCCGCGUGUGUUAGAAGUGUUUUUGGAGUUUUAAAAAAUCUACAUUUCUGAAAAACUUUUCAUAAAAAUGCUAAAAAUGGAGGACCAAAGUGGUGGUGUUGCCAGUAUGGAUCCAAAAUGGAGUCACAUGACUGCACCACAGCGCCAUCUUCUGGCUUGGCGUGCGUAUUACGUGUGUUUUCACGCCUCGUUGUUGACAUAAAAAGAGUAUAAAAAGGGAUGGAGGCCGAUGUGGAGGUGCAGGCACAGGGCUCCCUGGACCUGAGCCACCUGACUGAGGAGGAGCAGUCCAGCAUCCUGCAGGUCUUGCUGCGAGACAUGGACCUGCGGCGCCGCGACGAGGGACGCAUAAGGAUGCUGCAGCAGACCAGGACCGACCCCACGCUCCUGCGCACCCUAUCGGGGGCGUGGUUCAGCGAGGCGUCCAGCAGGCGCCACCGCAGCCGCAUGUCCGGCUCGGACCUCGUCCACGCCACCAUACGCCGCAAGACGUCAAAAUGCAGCGAUGUGCCGAUUACCAACCUGUUCAACGGGAGAAGGGAGGAGCAGGAGGAGGAGCAGCCGUCAAAAAGCCCCUCCCUCGAAGGGAAGAGUCGACUGAAGGAGUCGACGGAGGAGAGCGCAGAGAGUCAAGCCAGUUUUGAAUCUGCGGCCAUCAGGAAAAGUCCGACAACCAAGGACGCGUACCAGCGGUACAAGAGGGAGUCUGUGUCGCUGUGCAGCAUCCUCAGCGACUCGGAGCCGUCGUCUUUGAAAAGCAACAACUUUCACUCCAGCGCCGCGCUGGGCAGCGGCAUGAGUCUCUUCAGCUCGGGGGUCUUCGGGGCGGUGGAGGUCAAAGGCCGUAUGCAGUUCUCGCUGGCGUUCGACGGCCACAAGGAGGAGCUGCGUGUCAAGGUGCACCGCUGCGAGGACAUCUCGUGCGUGGGCAACAACCGCUCUGACCCAUACGUCAAGUCCUACCUGCUGCCCGACAUGUCCAGUCGCGGCAAGAGGAAGACGGCGGUGAAGAGGAAGACGCAGAAUCCCGUCUUCGAGCAAAUUCUCAAAUACAAGUUGCGAGCCAACGAGAUGAAAAGCCGCACCUUGAACCUGUCGGUGUGGCACGCCGAGCCCCUGGGGAGGAACGUGUUCCUGGGCCAGGUGGAGGUGGCGCUGGGCCUCUGGGACUGGACCUGCACGCAGCCCCUCUGGCAGGACCUGCAGCCGCGGGUGGGCGGGAGUCAAUUUUACGUGCCGCCGGAGAGCAUCAGCAGCCGCGGGAGCCUCCUCUUCUCCAUCAAGUUCAUCCCAGAAGGCUUCGAGGAAGGUGGCCUGCCGCUCACGGGAGAGCUCCACAUCUGGCUGCAGGAGGCCCAAGGCCUGCUGUCCAAAAAAGGAGGCGCUAUUGACUCGUUUGUGAGAAGUUACAUCCUGCCAGACGCCGGCUGUCAGAGCGGCCAGAAGACGCAGGUGGUGAAACGCGCCGUCAGCCCCACGUACAACCACACCAUGGUCUACGACGGCUUCCAGACCAGCGACCUGGAGGAGGCUUGUGCCGAGCUGACCGUGUGGCAGCGCGAGGGCUUCAAAUUGCACAUGAUAGGCGGGGUCCGCCUCAGCUGCGGAACAGGUCAGAGCUACGGCGACGCCGUCGGCUGGAUGGACUCCACGGAGGAGGAGGUGUCCGUGUGGUCCUCCAUGAUCAAAAACCCAAACCACUGGGUCGAAACCACACUGCCCAUCAGAACCAACCUCACGCAACGCUCCUCCAAUUGACCGGGACUGAAAAACUUGUUACAUUAGCUCACUUUUUUCUAACAAUUCCCCUCCAAAUAGACUUUGUGGACGAAUGGAUCACCUUUCUGUUAGAAAACCUGCUAGUUUUUAUCUCGCGCGACGGCUGUGACCUUGUUUUCCUUCUUAUGUAAUUAAAUAACAAACCUGUUUUCUAGGUUGGCUGCUCGGUGGAAAUAUUAUACUAAACAGACACAUUUAGUCAGAUGAGCUGGGAAUGCAGAAGAGCGGUCAUGCCCGAUACAAAUGCAAUGGUGACAAUGCAUACGCUACCGGUCAAAAGUUUAGAGACACUUGGUGCUCUCUUUCUCUCUCGCCUGUUCAGAGACCCAUUCAACAGGAUACUAAAGUGU